AUGGGUCUCAGCAACUCUGCCAUCAUUGUGAUUGUCUUGGUGGCUUGUCUGGCCGUGACCGCCAUGGGUGCCGCAUUGUUCCGCCACUAUAAUCCACUGGAGGACGAGUCUCGCUACAAUGUCUCUCACGAACAAGGGCACUAUAUGCGCACCGUACGCAUGCGCAACUUUGGUUUUUUGCAACAAGAGUCAAUGCGGGGUGUGCAAGAUCUCGAAUCACGAUACCCCAUGGAUGAGGCUUCGAGCUAUCGCUCUUCCCAGCCCUACGUGUUUUCACCUAAAAAGUGA